AAGCGCUAUCUGAAAGGCGGCUGACUAGGCAUUGAGACACAGCCACAGUGUUUGGGAGUAAAGUGCUCCUCACUCAGAUCAGUUUUAGAGAGGGCGGAGGAGGGUUCGCCUCAUGAGGACAUAACGUCAGUGUACGUGUGGGCUUCGUAUUUAUUUUUACUUCAGAGUUGUUUUGUUUUGUAUCUAGAUAAAGCAAACACUUCUUGGUUUGAAAUGUAGGACUUGCUUUCCUUCCAAAAUAAAUGGACACCGCGGUGAAACCGGAGACUGGUGCUCCGCUCUCUCAAUCACAAGUGAGAUGAAUCGCUGAAACUGGCGUUAAAACUCCUGGACGGUCAGUGUUUUCAGCGAUGCCUCCGCAGGGAGGUGGAGAAUAUAAGCCUGUUCCAGGUACGGUUGUGCCGCCGGUACCGCCGAGGAGAUUCAGGAGCAGAGAUUUGUCAUCCGCGGUCAAGAGCCGCUUCGGGUCGGUAGCGGAGCGCAGGGUGAAGUGCGUGCUGGUUGGUGAUGGUGCAGUGGGUAAAACUAGUCUCAUUGUGAGCUACACCACCAAUGGAUAUCCUACCGAGUAUGUCCCAACAGCGUUUGACAACUUUGCAGCGGUUGUAGCUGUGGAUGGCAAGCCUGUGAAACUUCAGCUUUGUGACACAGCCGGUCAGGAUGAGUUUGACAAGCUCCGGCCACUGUGCUACACCAAUGCUGAUGUCUUCCUGCUCUGCUUCAGUGUGGUAAGUCCCUCCUCUUUCCAGAAUGUGAGGGAGAAGUGGGUGCCUGAGAUCCGCCGGCACUGCCCAAGGGCACCGAUACUGUUGGUCGGGACUCAGGCUGACCUCCGGCAAGAUGUCAAAGUGCUCAUCCAACUGGCCCAGUACAAAGAACGUCCGGUGGACCCCCAGGAGGCCUGCGUGUGCGCUGAGGAAGUACAGGCCGUCUCGUACAUGGAGUGUUCAGCGCUCACCCAGAAGAACCUGAAGGAGGUGUUUGACACGGCUAUAGUGGCCAGCAUCCAGUACUCGGACAGCCAGCAGCAGAAAAGGCUGAAGAAGCGAACGCCCGAUAAAAUGAGGAAGCUCUCUGAGUCCUGGUGGAAGAAAUACUGCUGUCUGGCAUAGACGUGAGAAUAUGAUUGCAUACUGUUGAUGUGAACGUGGUUAGACUGGAACUGGCUUUUAUGGAUAGAAAUGGACACAAAUCCAUCUGCUUUAUGGGACUGUGUUAGUGGAUUAACUGGAGCACAUGUGGCCAUGAAAUUAAUCAGACAUUUUAGAAAAGAUCCGCCAGCUUUGGUGAUGAAAUGGAAAGACCCAAAGUUGUCUGCUACGUUUUAGGAUCUGCUCAUCAUUCAGAAAGUCCCAAGUUAACCUCAAACUCGUGAACAAUUCAGGUCAAGAGACAUCUGUCUUUCUUUACCUUAUCUCUUGUUGAAGAGGGUUAUAAGUGGGUUGUUUUUCUAUCAAAGAUCUAGUUUAGACUGCCAGAACUUAACCUUCUUCAUUCAGACACUGUGAAAAUCAACCCUAUUGGUCGGUCUCAGCAAAACCAUUGCAUUUUGUUGGUGUUUUGACACUUCUUGACCGUGUCUUGGAGGAGGAGUGAUCCAGAGCGGGUUCAGUCUGAGAUACUCAAGUGCUCCGUCAUGUAUCUGUCACAGCAUUAAGUGUGAUGUAGAGUACAAGCAGAUGUUUGGACACACUAUCAACUUGACAUCACUGACAUUUACCUUGUUGUCCUGCGAGGGUGAAUGAUUGUCCAUUUUAGAGACAGCAGGACGCUGGCACAUCUCUCCAGGCUGUCUUGUUUACAUUUGGAGUUAAGUCCAGACCCAAACAUGCUGUGAGGUCAGGGUUUUUGAGUGUAAGUAAGUACACUUAGUAGGCCAGUUGGAUUGCAUAUCUGGUCAUUGAACCUGGAGCUUCAUUAAAAACAGAGUGUUUUGAGUGAAGCAAUCAGUGCUGUCAAGAAGAAUCUGAUGAGUCAGACAUCACUGGGUGUUUAUACGAAAUAUACACUAAUGUUCGUAAGUUUGUGGUUAGUAAGAUUUUUUAAAAAUGUUUGUGAGAGAAGUCUUUUUUGCUUACCAAGAUUGCAUUUAUUAAACACAGUGAUACUGUAAAAUAUUUUCUAAUGUUUUCUAAUUUAAUUUGUUUUAAAAUUUUAUUUAUUCCUGAGAUGACAAAGCUGAAUUCUCAGCAGCAAUUACUCCAGUCUUCAGUGUCACAUGAUCCUUCAGAAAUCAUUCUAAUCUCAUGCUGAUUUGGUCCUGAAGAAAUCUUUCUAUUCUGUUCAUAUUUUUUAAAGACUCUUUGUUGAAUUGUAAGUUUAAAAGGAUAUAAUUUGAAUUUGAAAUCUUUUUUAACAUAGUAAAUGUCUUUACUGUCACUUUUGAUCAGCUUAUUGCAUCCUUGCUGAAUAAAAUUAUUAACUGCUUUAAAAAAAAAUCUUACUAACCCCAAACAUGUGAACAUUAGUGUGUUGCACAUUUUCAGUGAAGGAAAAAGUUUUCAGGCCACAGUUUUCUACACUAGAAAUUACAGUUGAGGUCAAACGUUUACAUACGCCUUUCAGAGUCUGCAAAAUGUUAAUUAUUUUACCAAAAUAAGAGGGAUCAUAUAAAAUGCAUGUUAUUUUUUAUUUAGUACUGAUCUGAAUGAGAUAUUUCACGUAAAAGACAUUUACUAUAGUCCACAAGAGAAAUAGUUGAAUUUAUAAAAAUGACCCCGUUCAAAAGUUUACAUACACUUGAUUCUUAAUACUGUGUUGUUACCUGAUUGAUAUACAGCUGUUUUUUUUUUUGUUUUGUUUUUUAGUGAUAGUUGUUCAUGAGACCCUUGUUUGUCCUGAACAUUGUUUUGUUUUGUUUUUUUAGCAUUUUUGUCUAUUUAAGCCCUUUCCAACAAUGACUGUAUGAUUUUGAGAUCCAUUUUUUCACAAUGAGGACAACUGAGGGACUCAUAUGCAACUAUUACAGAAGGUUCAAACGCUCACUGAUGCUUCAGAAGGAAGCAUGAUGCAUUAAGAACCAGGGGGUGAAAACUUCUGGAAUUGUAAGAUCAGGGUACACUUAACUUAUUUUUUGGGAAUUUAUAUUUGGAAAACAUGUAAGUAUCUUCUGUAGAUUCCGAAGGGCAGUACUAAAUGAAAAAUAUGAUAUUUAGGCACUUCAUACAGACUUCAUUCUGUUCAAAAGUUUACGUUUAUGCAUCGUAUUUCCUUCUGGAGCAUCAGUGAGCGUUUGAACCUUCUGUAAUAGUUGCAUAUGAGUUCCUCAGUUGUCCUCAGUGUGAAAAGAUGGAUCUCAAAAUCAUACAGUCAGUGUUGGAAAGGGUUCAAAUACACAAAAAUGCUGAAAAAUCAAAGAAUUUGUGGGACCUGAAGGAUUUUUUUUAAGAACAAAGGGAAGUUUAACUGUUCAGGACAAACAGUGGAGUCAUAAACAAAACAAAACAAAAAAAAAAAUCACAGCUGUGUAUCAUUCAGGUAAUAACAAAGUAUUAAGAAUCAAGGGGAUGAAAACUUUUGAACAGGGUCAUUUUUUAUGUUUUCUCUUGUGGACUAUAUGUAAAUGUUUUUUUUAUGUGAAAUAUCUUAUUCAGGUCAGUACUAAAUAAAAAAUAACAUGCAUUUUGUAUGAUCCUUCUUAUUUAUUUUUACUUAUUGGUAAAAUAAUUAACAUUUUGCAGAUUCUGCAAGGUGUAUGUAAACUUUUGACCUUAGCUGUAUAAUGGUUGAUAUUGCUUUUCAAUUUCCGUUAGAACAAGACAAUAUAUAUAUAUAUAUAUAUAUAUAUAUAAUUUUUUUGUGCAUGAAAUUUCUACAGGUUCUUUAUGUUUUUGCAAUUCAUGGCACUAUUUAAAGGUGAAAUUCGUACAUUCCUGUACCACUAGUGGCAACACAGCCAGGGAUGUGAGUUUGGUUGCAGGAAUGUAUGCUCGAAAUGGGCUCAAAUAUGCCUAAUUCUGUUAUUUUUUACUUUUAAUUCAGUUCAGUUAAUUCAGUUAUUUCAAAAACUGGGGAUGUUAAUGGUGCAUACAUGACAUGUUUAGCAUAAACAUUCUCGCAGGAAAAUCUUUUCUUCCAUAUUUGCUUGAAUGCAUUUGGCAGACAGUUUUAUCCAAAGCAACUUUGCAUUUCCAGCAUACCUUUGAUCACUUCAUGCAUUCCCUGGGAAUCAAACCCAUGACCUUGACAUUGCUAGUCACUGCUGUACUGGUUAAGCUAUUAUAAUACAUUUGUCUCCCCUAAAGGACAAUGUCAGCCACGUAAUGCUUUGAUAAGCAUUGCAUUCCUAUCAUUAAAUGAAUCCUAUAUGGAGUGUUGCUCAAGGGCAAACUGCACUUUUUAUCAGGCUUUCACGUUGGAUGAACUGGAAAAGUCACCUGCUGCUAUGCGAAAUGUGAAAGAGCAUAAGUUGAAUGACGCAGUAAGGAAAAGUUAAUGAUUCACUGCAUAAGCUGGGGUUGGUGUGGAAGUAUCACUAUAACGUCACUAGUGGCAAACAUUUUUCUUUCAUGAGCACAGAAUGAAAUCAAGAUGAGUUUUAUGUUUGCCACUUCUGUGCCAGAAUGUGACGAGACAUUGAAACAGAGUUGAGAAAGAAGUUAGUGGCUCUCAGCAAGUGAUUACAGUGCUGUAAACUGCAAGUGUUGAAGGUGGCAUAGUGAGAGUUGAAACCCAAACCAAACAUAUUGAUUUUUAAAGAAAUAAUUCACCUAAAUUUAAAUUCUGUAAUUAUUUACUCACCUAUAAGUCGUUUCAAACCUGUAUGACUUACUUUCUUGUGUGGAGCACAAAAGAAGAUAUUUUGAAGAAUGUCUUACUUUUAUUAUAUGAACAAAAACAUAUUUGGAAAGACAUCAAGUUGUCAAUGAUGACAGAAUUUUCUUUUUUCUUUCCUUCGGUGAAGCACGCUCAAGAAAGAAGUUUAAAAGAGGCAUAUUGUAACAAUACAUUGUAUUUAAACUUUUUAUCGAGAAGUAUUUUUGUGUUUCAUAUAUUGUGAAUCUCAGACUUGCAUAUGUUGCAAAACCAGGCCUUAAGUUCAGACUGACCAAAGCAUAUGAGCGCUACAGUGCUGUGUACUUUCACAGGGCAGGAUCAAUUACUGAGGUUUUUGACAAGUCGCCAAACUAUCAUUUCAACCACGCAGUGUGUUUUUUCACUGCUUUGAUUUGCACGUGAGUUGCUUUGCAGUGUUGUAUAUUUUCUGUGUGAGUGAGCUCAUGCUGCAGCGUCGCACCAGACGGAACUGUUCAGGAUCUGGUGGUCGUUCAGACAAGGCUGACAUGCAAUAACAGAGACCUCCCUGUAGAUUGUUAUCUUUCUCUGAAUAAAUAUACUUUUUGUCUACUUA